AUGGAGAACCUCGACGUAACGAUUUGGAGGCAGCUCGUGGUCUUUUAUGAAGGUUCCAUUGGUGGAAUCGAGGUCGAUUAUAUAAGCAACGAUUUCAGAGUUCUUGGUUCUAAACUGGAGAACGGCGUGGUUGGCCGACACAAGAUCGUCUGCAACGACGAUGUCGUUAGGUGCAUAGCAGUCUUGGGACCAGCUAUGCUUGUGACAAUCACCCCCUUACGGCGAAAGUUUCUGUACGACGACCUUGCUCCUCUUCCAUUAGACGGCUAUCCUAUCCCCAAGGGCCCACGCAAGAAGGUAACUGGCUACGACGACUGA